AUGAAGCGCUCUCUCGAGGCCGAUUCAGGUUCCGAAUCUAAGAAAAUCAGGCUCCAGGAGGAUGAAAUUGCGGCAGAUUCACCCGAUUCGGGAACUGGGUUCAUGAAUUUGGACGAGAAUCUGCUGUACGAGGUGCUGAAGCACGCCGACGCGGCGACCUUGGGCCGGGCGGCCUGCGUGAGCAAGCAGUGGCACCGGACCGCACAGGACGAGCGGCUGUGGGAGCUGAUCUGCACCAAGCACUGGGCUAACAUCGGCUGCGGCAACACCCAGCUUAGAUCCGUGGUCCUCGCCCUCGGCGGGUUCCGCCGCCUCCACUCCCAGUACCUCUGGCCUCUCUCCAAGCCCCAAUCCAGCAGCUCUGCUUCUGGGUCAUCGUCGUCUGCGUGGGCUCCCUUCCCGCCGAUGAUCGGCGCGAAGCCGCCGGCGAGGUGGGGGAAAGACGAGGUGCAUCUCUCCUUGUCGCUGCUCUCAAUUCGGUACUACGAGAAGAUGAAUUUUGGUAACCGCGGCAGGUAG